CUAACCUAAGUUAAAAUCUGAAAUUAUAAAAGUAGAUCAUUUGCGACAGAUACGGAUACAUAUUAAUUUUUCUUAAAAAAUAUCACCGUAUUCCAUCACUACAAAAGCACAAUAAGAUAAGCAUGCACAUAACAUCUGUUUAAUAAUGUACGACAAUAUUAAAGAUAAAGACAUAAAUGAAGUUUUUGAUGAUAUACUGCUGUUUGAAGAAAACGUGAUAGAAGAAGCAUACGAAGAAGGUUUCAAGAUAGGUGUCCAGCAAGGUAACAAGGAGGGAUAUCAUUUAGGUUUCCACAGAGGUUCAGAAAUUGGUGCAGAGAUUGGCUUUUAUCUAGGCGUCGUAGAGAAAUACUUAGAACUCUAUUCAAAAAGUACAGAUGAAAAAUUUUCAAAACCAAAAAGCUCCUUAGAGAAUUUAAAAAAAAUUUUAUCUGAGUUUCCGCGAAGUAAUUCUGCGGAAAUUGAUGUAUUUGAAGCGCUUGAUACAAUUAGGGCACAAUUUAAGAAAGUUUGUGCACAGAUGAAAGUUAAUAUCAGCUAUCCAGGGAAAAGUAAUAUGUCAUUUUGAAAAUGAAUGCCACUAGAGUUUUAAAAGAUCACAUUAAGCAGCUUACAGACUACUUAGAGCCAUUUCUACCUUUAGCGAAUUUUCAUAUGGUCGAUUAUUUCAUAAAUAACGCAUUUGUAAAGUAUAUUCCAAUAAAAAUUCAAGAAGAUAUACAAAAGGUAGGCUAUAAAGAAGCUGUAAGUUGUAUAUUUAAUGAUAACUACACAGAUUUACCAAAUCUCGGCAUAUUUAAUGAGAAAUCUAAACAAUUUACGUUAAAAAAUAU